CAGAGACUGGCCAUCGUCAAUCUGGACAUGGCUUCUUUAUACACGAGUGUGUUGGUUUCUUGGGUCCUUCAGCUGUUCUGCCUGACACACUCUGCAGUCUUCCUGCAGGAGCAUGAGGCCAAAGAUCUAUUGCACAGAGACCGACGAGCCAACUCGGCGUUUGAAGAGUUCAAAAAAGGUUCCAUUGAGCGAGAGUGUUUCGAGGAACAAUGCUCACGUGAAGAAGCAAGAGAAGUGUUUGAAAAUGAAUCAAGAACUGAAGAGUUCUGGAUCAAGUUCACAGAAGGCGAUCAAUGUUCGUCAAGUCCGUGCCUAAACGGAGGAACAUGCGAGGACCAGUUGAAUCGUUACCAGUGCUGGUGUACAGAGAACUUCGAAGGCUCAAAUUGUGAAACAGAAAGAAUCAGAAAGAUUAAAUGCAUCUUUGAGAAUGGCCAUUGUAUGCAGUUCUGCACCGAUGUUGCUAAUUCAUCUCGUGAUUGCAGCUGUGCAAUGGACUACAGACUUGCCGAAGAUGGAGUGUCGUGCAUUAGCAAAGUGCAAUAUCCUUGCGGGAAGGUGCCUCUUUGGAAAUACUCUUUGGAAUCGGGCCUCACUGCCGAAACUGAAAGGAGUAGAAUUGUGGGUGGGAAUGUAGCUGUGAAAGGUCAAUCCCCUUGGCAGAUGCUUCUGGCUAACAAAGGACAUUUUAUAUGUGGUGCGGUGUUAGUCAGUCCACAGUGGGUUGCCACUGCUGCUCAUUGCACCCACAACACGACGAUGGAGGAUUUACAAGUUGUAGCAGGUGACCAUGUGCUGAAUGAAGACGAAAAUACUGAGCAGAAAAGGAACGUGUCGGAAUUGAUCCAACAUGAGAACUACAACCCCAUCACUAUUAACAAUGACAUUGCAAUGCUGAAGCUCGAUGUGCCGAUCACUCUGGACGAUUAUGUGGUCCCAAUUUGUUUACCCGAGCCAGACUUUGUUAUGCGGGAGUUGAGACACAUCAAACAUUCCACUGUGAGUGGAUGGGGAAUGCAGUGGGACUUCGGGCUGAAGACUAAAACGCUGCGCACCCUCCAGGUGCCGAUGGUCUGGCCGUCUGAGUGCCGUCAGAGCUCCAAGUUCAACAUCACUGACAACAUGUUCUGUGCAGGCUAUCGGGAGGCACUGAAAGACACUUGUAAGGGAGACAGUGGGGGACCACAUGUCACAAACUACAAAGGCACCUGGUUUUUGACAGGAAUAGUUAGCUGGGGUGAAGGAUGUGCUCGUGAGGGCAAGUAUGGAAUCUACACCAAAGUACACAAGUACUUCAAUUGGAUAAGGCAGUUCCUGGAUCCCCACAGUACAAGAGUCAGUGUAGAAAGUUCUGCAAAUCCUACAGGAUCAGUGCCGCCAACAGCAAACAUUUCUUAUCAAUAAGCUAGCUUUAUGAACCAGCAAACUCAUGCAGCUUCUUAGAAUUAAAAAUGUUAAACAUU